GAAGAGCGACACGUUUUCUUCGUUUAUUUUGAAGACUUAUUAACUCGAACUAGCAGUUCAACCAGUUAGAACUGGUCUACACCCAGUCCCAGUUUACUUUCAGUUUUUCACUGGGGACUUUCCACGCCAGGCAAGGUUUGCUAAGAAACGAUGGCCAGUAAACUGGACAUUCCUCUAUAUGAGGCGUCACUCAGCAUUGUGAGAAGAUGUGGAGCCGAUCUGUGUGAAAUCAUCAACACUAAAUUCGGAUGUGUGGCCGCCAUCAAGGGUGUGGAGAAUGAGAGCAGGAGUUCAUACCAGCGACCGCCAGCAAUCAUUAAGCCAGAGAGAAGAUUUGAGUUCAUGAUGCGUUCAGGUGUAAAGGUUUCUGUGUGGAAGGCUGAUCUCACCAAUUUCCCUGCUGAUGCUGUUGUGAAUGCUGCUAAUGAAGAUUUAAAGCAUUAUGGAGGCCUUGCUCUGGCUCUGUCUACAGCUGGUGGUCCUCAAAUCCAACUGGAGUCUGAUGAUUAUAUUAAAAAGAAUGAUAAAUUACAAACAGGGGAGGCAGUUGCUUUGGGUCCAGGGUCACUACCGUACAAAAAGAUAAUUCAUGCUGUGGGUCCAUAUCUGUCGUCAAGUCCUUCCCAACAUGAUGUAAAUAAAGCUAAGCCUUUCCUAGAGAAAGCCAUCUGGAAUAUUCUCUACACAGUUGAGAAAUACCGUCUGGCAACUGUUGCCAUUCCUGCCAUUAGCUCCGGGUUGUUCAACUACCCACUGCGAGAAUGUGCCGACACCAUAGUGUCAACUAUAAGAGCCUUCUGUGACAAGCUGCCUCACCAGAACCAUUAUCCAAAAGAAAUCUUCCUUGCCAACCAUGAUGAGCCCACAGUGCAGGAAAUGGAGAGAGCAUGCAAGCAGAUAUUCAAGCCUCAGCAGAAGCAAACUUACAGCAGUGCUGCAGCACAAAAUACCCAAAGGGCCGGGAACGCCCCACAAUCUUCAGUCAAGAUCGGUAAUGUCCUUCUCACUCUGCAGAAGGGGAAAAUUGAAGAACAAAAUACAGAUGUCAUUGUAAACACUGCAUCAGAGGACCGAAAACUGAACCAAGGCCAAAUUUCCAAAGCAAUAUUGCACAAAGCUGGCCAUGAAAUCCAAAAUGAAAUGUACAAAGCUUUUAAGAAGGGCAAUAUCUACUGCACAAAAGGUUAUCACCUGAACUGCAAACAGGUGUAUCAUGCGAUUUGCACUGGACAGAGCAGGAAUCCUGCAGAAUGGGCAGUACCUCAAGGGUUACUCUACAGUUCGGUGUAUGAGUGUUUGGUAGAAGCCACAAAAAACCAACACCGCUCAAUCUCCUUUCCUGCAAUCGGCACUGGAAACCUCGGAUUCCCUAAAAAAGAAUCUGCCUCCAUCAUGUCAAAAGCUGUGGCUGAAUUUGCUGAACGGAGUCAGAGCAAGUUGGAUGUUUAUUUUGUAAUUUUUCCAUUGGAUUAUGAUACAUACCAGGCUUUUGAAGCUGAAAUACAAGCUCUUCAGCAAGGAGUAUCAAACUUCAUGUUGGCAACAGCAUCUGGGCCAGAAGACUUCCACACCACAAGAGCUUCAAUCCCAAAGAUCACCCUGCUUGGUCCCUCCGAUGAAUCAAAACGUGAGGCUAAGAAGUGGCUCACUGACCUUCUUUAUAGGCAUAAGCCCAUUGAGAUCAACAACAACUUCAUCUCACACUUCAGUGAGGGAGACCACCAGGUUCUGGCCCAUUUAGCUGAUGGAGGGUUGAGCAUUGAGGAGUUUUUCUCACAAGGUCAUGCAUGUCUAACAGUAAAGGGGAAACUGGAGGAAAACGCCGUCAUUGCCGCCCUGCAGCUGGAGGCCUUGCUCUGCAAAAUCCACAAAGAUUUUAUAGCAGAAGAAGAACAUCAGCUGAAGAUGCUGACACACAUGAAAGUUUCUGGAGAGAAGAAAACAGUUGAUGAAAAAAGCUCGUUCUUUUCAGAGCGAAUACAGCUUUUCAGACCUGGGGGUCUGUGGGUAGUAAAGGUGGACAAAGUGGAGAAUGAUGCUCUGAAGGAGAUGUUCGACCGGAAGAAAAAGCAGCUUCAUAAAUCCUCUACUAAAAAGAUGUUCCAACGCAUCCCUGCUCAGUUCUGUGAGAUGGUCAGCAGAAUUGGAUUCCAUGCAGAGUGCGCACCGCCUGAAGACCCAAAGUAUGGAGAGGGAAUCUACUUCUCAAGCAGCAUAGGAACAGCGUUGGAGCUGUGGAGGGAGAAAGGUGAGGAGUACCUGUACUUUGUGGAGGCUGAAGUCCUGCUGGGAAACUCGGCUAAAGGUGAACGAGGAUUUAUUCUUCCUCCUCCGGUUGGAAAAGAUCCCAACAUUCUCUGUGACAGCGUGUAUGGAGGAUCUGACGUCUCUGUUAUCUUCAGCGGUUAUCAAGCUUUGCCAAAGUACAUUAUCACCUGUAAGAAGAAUUCACGUUAGGGUGAUCUUUCUGAAAUCAGAAUCUGAUUACAGAAAGAUUGAUCAAAAAGAAUCUCCAGAGAAGUAAACUAGAGUUUUCUAUAAAUUCACUUUUAGCCUCAGAGAAAGAAGUUCAAAAAUAAAAUUGCAUGCUGACUCAGAAACUAAAAAGUUUUUGUUAUAUUAGAAACUUUGAUUUUCACAUUGGCACAUUAUAAA